AUGGACACAGAGGACGAAGUCUGGGGCGCUCUCCCAGAAGGGGAGCAUAUGUCUAUUUGGAAUGAGACAGAAAGCAAUUUUUGGGCCAGUCACCGCAAGAAGAAGACGGCCGAGAACGACAAGAUUGAAAAGGAUUACCAGACUUUGCUCAACGAAGAUCGCUUGAAACAUAGUGAACUCAUAGGAAAGCGAAGUCAAUUGGAGGAAAUUCGAAACCGGAUUGCCAGAGAGCAUGCUAAAGUUGAGGCCGAUCUGGCUCUCAUUGCUGAUGAAUGUGAGGAAAAGGCAGAUCGACUUGUGCGCAUUGAACGGGACUAUUAUGCAUCGCGCCAAAAGCGGGUGGAAGAGCAACAUGAGAUCUGGAUUAAAAUGCGCCGGUUCUUCAGACAAAAAAGGGGAGAAGACCCAGAUGCCCCAGACCAUAGAGGUCCCGAGUCCGAAGGACUUGUCUUGCCCAAUGAGUUGCCUGGGCUGUCCUCAACCUCUAACGCGUCCAACGUCCCCAAAGAGCCAGGACCACAGAGAGAGACUACUGGCCCUACAAACGCUGAACCCUUGCACGCAGACCAUGACGAUCCGAUGGAAGGCGUUGAACGCAAUGAGACUCUUGUCAAUAUUGUGGACGCUGACGGCAACGUGAUUGGACCAGUGGAAGAGGUCGAGGGUUGGAACCAGUGGGUGGAGGGAAUCCAAGAGCUAGAAAUUCGAAGGCCUGUCAAGAUCCGCCGAGGACGACGAUUCAAUGGGACGAACCUUUCCAGCAUCUAUGAGCGUACCGAAGCCAAGGGUGUUAAAUGGCUAGCAUGUAUGAUCCAAGCUACAGGAGAAAUACAGUCUAAGCGAUGUCUUUCUUGCGACAAGAACCAGGGCGCCUUCGACGAUUGCAUCAUUGUCGGUGGGGAUCUAUACCAGAAAUGCGGAAACUGUGAAUGGAAUCGCCAGGGAUGUCAUGGUGCUUCUGGAGACACAAUCGAUAUAGUGGCUUCAAAGCUGAGAGCACGGCGGCAGAAAGGCAAGGAGGUGGGAGCAGACGAGAUACGGGCCUCAGCUUCCCCAGAGACUGUACGCCAUACAGUUGAAGUUCAGCCAACGCCUGCAUCAACACUUCAACCGCAACUUGAGCAAGUCUCACGAAUUGAAGAACAGAUUUCUGUACAAUCUCGACCUCCUUCACUCCAGCCCCUCCCACACCGUACGCUUGAGCAGUUGCCAGAUCGAGAGCCUGAGAGGCAAAGUGGGCUACCGAUCGAACGACAAAGUGAGCGACGACCCGAAGGGCCAAUCGAACGACAGCCUGAACAAGCAACAGAGCGCCAACCAGAACGAAUCCUCGAGCAACAACCGGAACAGCUCUUAGAAAGACAACCUGAAAAGCGACCCGAGCGAUCGUCCGAGCAGCCUCCUGGUCGACUUUCAGAAAGAUUCCAGGAGGUCAUCUCAGCAAAAGCUCCGGAAAGAUCGGUUGAAGUGGCACCGAUGCGAGUUGCUGAAGGUCCUCGCGAAAUUGCCAGUAGGCCGGUCUACGACCCCCCUCGUGGACCUUCUAGUCGUCCUACCUCUGCCCCAAGGCCGGAUUAUGCCCCGGAACGUCUAGUAGAUUCUACAAAUUCGCCAUUACCGACACCUCAUCAGAUUUUGCCUAGGCCUCAAAUGCAACGCUCUGCUCUUCCUUCGAGUGCGCCGCGCCACAGUCAUGAUAUUCUUCACCCAUCAACCGAAAGCGACGCCUAUCCGAAAGACAACCGCGGUUCUUAUACCACACACAAACCACGCGAGCCUGAGCAAAUGCCUACUCCACAGGAGUAUCGAGUGACUCCUGGAUUCACGCCAGCUAAUAUAAGAAGUCGACCUCCAUCAAGCGAACAGGGACGACCAACCCCACCAUCAUUGCCUAUUGACCCUUCAUCCCAGCCACCGGAUUCCCCACCUAUUCCUCUGCCUAUAGAGGAAGAAAUCACACGAGAGAACAUGGUUCUCAAGAAUGAUGGGGUGGUCUAUACCUAUCCUGAGUGCGUCGAGGGAGUACCUCUAGUCAAGAUUACUGAGACUCAUUCCUACUGGGAGCCUAACUGGCCAAACGUGAAGACGCUCAUUGAGCCGCAGCUUGCUCGCUGGAAGGAGAAGCACCAGGCUGCCAUUGAUGCAGGUCCGAAGCAGGAAAAGGGUGGCUCAUCUAAAUACCAGAUCGGCAGACAAGUAAAUCGCGGUAUCAAAAUCCUCGAGUUUCACGAGAACGGCCCUAUCAGCCCCUACCAACUGCUGAGCAAAAAGUACAUUCAUUCUGGCAAGGGUGGUAUAACCUCAUAUGACACUUUGUUUCGCCUGUCAGAAACAAUGUCAGAGCUCGAAAAGUUUAACCUUGACAUUUCGCCAGUUGAUUGGAUGCGACAGCGUCUUCACGAGCUUAUCCAAACCCAGGGUGUUAAUUUCAACCUUCCCCGAACUAUCCAUGACUUCUACCACGACUCUAAGCUCACAAGGCUUCGAUAUAAGCAUGGGUUUAAGAAUAUCGGUCGCCCUUCUGGAGUUAUGAAAGCUCGCCUGAGCCAUGGCAGUCCCAGCAGUACACCUAAACCUCUGCAAAAACGCAAGUCUAUGCACUCGGUGCCCACCACACCUCGUGAGGACUCCUUUAUCGAAAACUCUCCUCUGCCUAGUCAGCUGUCCUCGGCCCUUCCGACUCCGGUUGCUGUGCCUCAGCCAGCUUUCAGUACUCAUCUCAAUAAGAAGCCUAAAUACCUGCCACCAGUACCUGGUCCGGUACAUGACGAAUUUCAGUUCGAGAAUUGGUCUGAUACAGAUUCUUGCAGUGGUGGCGGCAUUACUAAGUAUGACUGGCGUCUCUCUACAGUGAAGAGUCGACUGUAUACAAGCCACCCAAAUGUGACACAGUAUUGGACAUGGAUAGAACAGAUUUCAUGCUUCCAACACCAGGUCCUGAAAGACAUUGAUCCUGCAAAGUGGGGUCUAUUCAGAGAUGAGAUUGAUUUUCACAUCUAUUUGGAAGAAGUUGAGCAAAUUGUGUGGAACAUCGAAGCACUUCGUGUUCACAUCAUCGUCAAGAAGGGAGCCGACGGCGAAGCUUCAAACAGCAAACAUCGAGGCGAUGUGAUGGCGUCUUUUCCGCGGGCAAGGACAAUACGCCGCUUUUUGUUCUUUUGCAGGGAAAGGAGGGUCAAGAUGGCCAAACUCUCUGUUGAGGAACUUGACCGUCGUUGGAAAAACAUGGUCUCUGAACAGCUGUCUGUUUGA